ACUAAAACAUAUUCUAAAAUGAAAUAUUAAUUUCUCUAAAAAAUACAGCGGCUAAGACCUGAGGGGUACGACCACUUUCCAGUGCUCCAUCUGAUCCACCACUCUUCCUGCUCGUUUUUUGCUUACUCUCGAAUCUAGUUCUUAGGGAAACAACCCCUGUGAGUCAGCCAGCAUGGGUUUCGGGUUCGGCCGCUUUGCUAGCUCCAUCACGCGCUGCCUUCCUUUCUUCAGUACUACUGUUCGAUCUCCCCUCUCCUGCUAUCCGGGGGGCCUGGUGUCGUCGGACCCUUAGCUCAAAUCCUCCGCAGAAGGGCGAUCGAUGGACGACGUGCUUAUGAUGCUAACAAUUUCGGUGAACCAUGCCCAGUGUUGAAUUCUUCUAGCUCGGAAUUGGCUGUAUUUAAUGCAUGAUAUGGGCGGUGAUGAAGUUAGUGGGUGGCGAGGAAGGUAGUGGGCAGAAACAGCGAGAAACUCAAGAAGGCAGCAACAAAGUGAGAAGCACAGUAAACAAACAGUGGUGAACGGCAAAAGAGCUCACCUAACAGAGUCGUAACAUCGUAGCCGCUUAUAUUAAUAUUAAUAGGCUAAAUGUGAAUAUGGGCUACCUGAUAUCUACGUAUCCACGUGACUUUGGGCUACCUGAUGAUGUUCACGUAUCUGAGACAAAAUGUUCACCAUGCUUAGAACUUUGGAAGGCAGACAUCUGCCCUAAGCCUAAGACUGAGCAUGACAUUUUUGUCUAUUUUCGCCCGAUCAGUCAAAAUGACCGUGAAUAUUUCGUUGCAUAUGAUUCCCUUGAAGAGGAUGGCCCCAUCUCACCCAAGUAUCGCAUAUAUGCUCCCCCUUUUCCUCCAAAAACUUACUCCUUCACUGGGUGUACCUGUGAUGGUCUCCUUCAUUUUCAGGAUAGAGAGUCAGGUCAUGUUCUUUGGAACCCAACAACGAGUGAGUAUAAGAUCCUUCCCAAUCCCUUUCUGGAACUCCCUCCCGGCCUUGAACAUUCGUCUGUAGCGAAUGGGAUGUGGUCCGACCCUAGAUUUGAAAAUUACAAACUGCUGCAUCUUGUACGGUCUCGGUUCAAAGACGACCCAGGGAUGCUCGUUAACGAGAGUUACCACAUUGACUUGUAUUCACUCAAAACCAAUUCCUGGAGGAGAAUACCAUGCACUGAGUUUGCCUCUGUUGAAAGGAAUAAUUGUACUUGCAUAUCUGGGGUUUUUUAUGCUGCAGCAUUUCAAAAGGAGGCUUGUACGUGUUGUAGCGGUGUUAUCCUUUCCUUCGACUUUUCUAUAGAAACUUUGUCCACUUUACCCUUACCUAACCAUAACGGCAACCGUUUUCUUCUUCUGGAGUAUAAAGGGUUGUUAAGUGCUCUUGAAUGCUGGGUUGAUGAUGAUGAUGAGGAUGAUGAGUCGUUUUAUCCACCUUGUGAUUUUGAACUUUGGAUCAUGAGUGAUGGAUCGUGGACAAAAGAAUCUAUUUUUCAUACUCGUUGUAUUCCGGAGCCAUCACAUUUUUCUCCAGAUGGGAAGCUAUUGUAUUUUGUAAACUUUACUGUUGGUUUUGAGCUAGUGGCGUUUGAUCGUGCCAUUGGAAAGUUGAAGCAUCUUGGUGUCAAUGACCCCCUGGGUUAUCCAAUGAUGAUUCCGUUCCUUGAGAGCUUUGUUCAACUCAAUGGAAUUUCAUGCAUGCAGGAGAGGUAUGAGCACGAAAAAGAAGAGAAGAAAUAGAUGAAGAUGUGACUGAAGCAAAAGGACCGCUGAUUCUAGUAUAGCUUGUUAUCU